CUCUCUCCCUCUCACCCUCACCAGCCUUUCCAUCUGUCUGCCUGUGCUUGAAUCACUCUUCAUCCUCUUGAAAGUAGGCAGAGGCAUUGCCGGUGUCUCAAGUAUCCAUGCUUUUCCUCUCUUGAGAUCUUUGAUCGAUCUUGACCGAGUCUUUGCAUUCUCCCCGCAGACCGAUCAGCCUAGUCCGCUCGACACCGCCUCACCAAGGGCUCUUAUCUCCAGCAUGGCCGCACCUCAUCCUCACACCACGCCUGUUGGCCCAGAUACUUUGAUUACUGUCAAAGUCAUCAUUGAAGGCACCAACCGACGCUUCAAGCUUGCUCUGCGUGAUCUCGGGGCGAAUACUCUUCCUCAGAAGCUUCGUUUCCUGCUUGCCAUUCCUGAAGACCACGAGGUCAAGUUUGACCGCUUUUCCGAUUCGGCCGGAGCAUACGUUACACUAGAUAGCAACAAUCCCGGCGUCUACAAACAGUUGUACCGAGCGGCCAAAGCCAAGCUCAAGCUGCGUUUGAAGGCUACUGUCGUCAAACCUGCAAAGAUGGAAGUCAACGAAACAUCCACACCUGAUAUCAAGUUGCCCAAGGCCGCACCUUCAAUCGCUUCAGCAGAGCCUCGAAACAAUUUCCUCGAUACCGUCCUGUCUCAGGCCCCUGUCCAGUCCUUCAAGUCGUUCCAGAAGAACUGCCCCUACUCCCCGACUUGCACUAUCCCAGGAGCUUUUGACAUAAAUGCCUCCGGCAUGGAGCCGGUCGCCCAGGCUCCUCGAGAUUGUCACUCGGAACUCUUCAGUCUUCCGACCUUGCCGUCCCUCAACGACUUCCCAUCAACCUCGUACUCGAUCGACUGUAACUAUUGCGGCAAGUCUGUGCCUGAUGAACACUACCAUUGUGGUAUUUGCGAGAAUGGCGACUUCGAUCUGUGUAAGAGCUGCGUCGGCGCCGGCGUCACCUGCGAUGGUGACCAACACUGGUUGGUCAAGAGACACAUUCGUAAUGGAGUCGUGAUCCCGAGUGAGACAACCACCUUGCCUCCCAAGAAGACUAUUGAGAUUACAGCAACUGAGUCUGAAGAAGUGGUCACACCUGUUAGUCCUCUUCAUGAAGAUGGCGAACGUACAUGCAACUCAUGCAUCCAUCAAUUGCCGAGGCGUGACUUCGUGACCUGCCAGGAUUGCCCUGACUUCGAUCUGUGCCUCCGCUGCUUCCAGGACGGUGAACAUGGCCAUGAUCCAUCUCACGCCUUUGAGCCACAAGACAACACGGAGAGCAACACUGAGAUCAAGACCCUCUGUGCACCCGGCCGUGGCAUUCGUCACGAUGCCCUUUGCGACGGCUGUGACAAGAGCAUUUACGGUGUCCGUCACAAGUGCUUGUCUUGUCCCGAUUUUGAUUUCUGCAUGACAUGUGUCGCUUCUGCUGCCGAGAAGCACCCUGGUCAUCGAUUCGCCGCUCUCUAUACUCCUCUUGCGUACGUACGUACUGCAAGACAGCUCCACCGUGCUAUCUACUGUGAUGGACCUCUCUGCACCAACUUCAAAGGAUACAUCGAGGGUGAUCGAUACAAGUGCGCCGUAUGCGAUGACACUGACUUUUGUGCCAAUUGCGAGGCCCUGCCCAACAAUGGACACAAUCGAACACAUCCAUUGAUCAAAUUCAAGACUCCCGUCAACCGUGUCUCCAUUUCCACGGCACAUGAGAAUGAAUCAGGCGAGAAGCUCGCGCAAUUGGGCGACCGACCAUUGGCCAAGCACGCUGCCACAGAGACUACACGGGCCGCGUCCACUAAUGCUGCUACGCAAGUCCAGACAGUCGCCGAAGUCGAGCCAGCCGAAAAUGCGCCUGCCACUCCGGAAAAGCCUGCGAUGCCGAGCGACCUCAGUGGCAAGACAGCCCAGAGCGACCUUCAAGCUUGGUAUGUCAACGACUUGACACCUGAUGGGACGCGAAUUGCCCCGGGUCGUAUGGUCAUGCAAUCCUGGACCGUUCGCAAUCCAGGACCUGAGACAUGGCCCGCUGGCUGCGCAGUGUGUUAUGUUGGUGGAGAUGACAUGCGAAACCUCGAUUUGCUUCAUCCCUCGAGUGUCAGCACUCUGAAUGCAGCAAACUCAAGCAACACGCUCGAGACCAGCUUGGAGCCAGGCAAGAAUGCUGUCUUUACUGUGCUACUAAAAGCCCCUACUCGUGAAGGACGAGCCAUUUCAUACUGGCGCUUGAAGACACCUGAAGGACUGCCAUUCGGCCACAAACUCUGGGUCGAUAUCGAGGUCAAAUCUACUCCUGUGGAAUUGCCAAUUCGCCCCGCACCUUUGCCUACUGUGUCCGACACCGUGGAGACUGAGGCCGAGCCAAAGGAAGAAGCCAAAUCGCAAAGCAGUUCCACCAUGAUCUUUCCCAAGCUCGAGAAAGAGUCUCCCGUGUCCAGCAUUCACGAUGUGAGCGAGACCCAUGUUGAAGCACCAGCUGCCACGAUGGAACCAACGACCAAGACUGAAGGACAAGACUUGUUGGACGAUGUUGAGAGCCUCGAGCUCGAAGACUCUGACAGCGACGAAGCAGGUUUCUUGACUGACGAAGAAUACGACAUCUUGGAUGCCAGCGACGAAGACUUUUUGGAGGCACAGACGGAGACCAGCAAGUAAAGGUGCAAUUCAAACAAAGACUUCCAAAAAUGGCAAUGUAGCAGUAUUGAUGACGCUGCAAUUCGAAAACAAGGGCGAAGGUCAGCCCAUGAAGCCUGGACCAUCAGAAUGAGAGCGAGGCAAACGACCAUGAUCUGGCCAGGCGAAUGGGCUUUAAGCAUUGGAAUAGGUUGGAACGGUGGCGUCACGGGCAAUGGGAGUGCUUUGUAGUUGUUGACUGUUGAACUUGAAUAUGGCAAAUGACCCAAUAUCUCGCUCCUUUGAAUGAGCCACGUGAAUCUGUACGAUUGAAAACAAUGGCAAAGUUAUUCCCUUCUUGUAAUUUGGUUUGUGAUCAAGCCUAGUGAUUGGCGCGUUUUGUUGUGGAAGGAGGGAGAUGGUGGCCUUGGUGACAGAUGCCAUUUAUCUGGCGGUGGUGGUGGUGGUGUUGGUGGUAUGAUG